CUUCUUUUUCCAUUUCCAUUUCCAUUUCCACUUCUCGUUCAACCUUAAAAUUAUACAUACAUUCAUUCAUUCACACAGCCCAUAGCAGUGCAGUUUACAGUGCAUUCAGAUUUUGCAUAUAUAUAUUCAAUUCUAAAUACUAUACAGUACACUACCCACAGUACAUACCUUACAUUCCAUUUCUCACCACCACCACCACCACCACCACCACCUUCUCGUCCAUUGUACAGAACAGGUUUCAACAGAACUCAAAGACACCAUCUUAUAUCCCUCACAUCACACCCACAGAAAAACAAAGUAGACCAAAAGAAAUGCAUCUCCACGACCCCCCGAGUCUCCCCACGGACCCUGCCUCCACACCGAUCAACAUCAACAUCAACAUCAGCAACAUCAGCCCGACCGAUUCGACGACCCUGCCGCAACAAUCCCGUCCGCGAUCGGAGCGACGACGACACCAACGACCGCUCUACUUCGCCUACGGCUCGAACCUCUCCCCCUCCCAGAUGGCCACUCGCUGCGUGCACAGCCCCGCGUCCUCCGUGCCCCUCGCCAUCGCGCGUCUGCCGCACUGGCGCUGGCUCAUCUGCCAGCCGGGCUAUGCGAACGUUCUCCCGCCUCCGGAGAUGCGCGUCGGACCGCAGACCGGGGUGCAGGACGAUGAAGUGCCCGUUGCUGGGGCGGAGGAUGCGGUCUACGGGGUGCUGUAUGCGAUGGACGAGGGGGAUGAGAGGUUGUUGGAUGGGUUCGAGGGGGUGGAUUGGGAUGCGCCGGCUGCGGUGGCGCCCUCGCCGUCGCUGAGUGUUCGGCCACGGGAGCAGGGGCAGGGAGACUACAAUAAGUGGGUGGUGGAGGCGGAGGUGGUGCAGUGGUUGGACAGUAAGAGUCAGGAUGGUGGUAGCGGCGGUGGCAGCGGCAGCGGCAGCAGCAGCAGCACUGUACCAGUGUUGGUGUAUGUGGAUGAGUUGAGGGUCAAGUUGGGCCCGCCCAAGGAGGAGUACAUCCCACGAAUGAACCGCGCCAUUCGGGAGUCGGUCGCUCUGGGGCUUCCGGAGAAGUGGGCGGAAGAGGUUAUGAGGCCGUCUAUCCCUCUGAACUAAGAGGGUUCACAAGACAUAUCACGCCAGGUGAUUCAGGCUGUUUGGACACUUGGAUGGUUCGUUGGGACUGAUGGAGUUAAAGUGACCAUUUGCCCAAGACAUGGGUUGGCUGUCGAUCGACCCUUACAAUGGAUAUCGAUUCACUCCAAAUAUUAUCAACGAUAUAGGAAAUUCAUAGUCUAUGCGUAUAGAAAGGAUGCGCAGCCUUGUCCGAUGCCUA